CCCCGAUUACAAACCUGUGGAAGAAACGAAGCUCUUCGUCCAUUCCAGCUCCUCUCAAGCCGAGAGAGAGAGAGAGAGAGAGAGAGGGAGGGAGGGAGAAUGCCGUCCCCCAUUCAAAACCCCCGUCUCCUUCUCACCCACUGCCGUUUCCCACUCCAGUUCCCGCCAAAACUCCAAAACCUCCCUCCAAAUUCCCGCCAUUUUCACCGCUCCAACCUCUCCCUUUCAUCUCAGCAGCUCGUCUCAGAUCCCCAAACCCUAACUCCUCCCUCCCCUCCCUCCUCUCAAAUACUCACCGUCCGAGAAUCCCUCCUCUCCCGCCAAAAGAAGGCCGUCGAGAUCGCUGAAGGUUACCUGACCCGGCUGCGGCAGACUGAGCCCCACAUCCGGAGCUUCCUCCACGUGGCGGAGGAUGCCGUGAUGCGGGAAGCGGAGGCCGUCGAUCAGAAGAUUGAGCGCGGCGAGGAAUUAGGGCCGUUGGCAGGAGUCUUGGUCGGCGUGAAGGAUAAUAUAUGUACGGUGGACAUGCCGUCGACUGGUGGGUCCAGGAUUCUCGAGGGGUAUCAGCCAGCAUUUGACGCGACAGCAGUGAGGAGAGUGAGGGAUUGCGGGGGAAUUGUCGUUGGGAAGACGAAUUUGGAUGAAUUUGGGAUGGGGAGCACCACCGAAGCCUCUGGUUUUCAGGUAACUGCUAACCCUUGGGACAUUUCUCGGGUCCCUGGAGGAUCAUCAGGGGGCUCUGCCGCAGCUGUCUCUGCAAGGCAAUGUGUGGUAUCUUUGGGAAGUGACACUGGUGGCAGUGUCAGGCAGCCAGCAUCUUUCUGUGGUGUUGUGGGAAUGAAGCCAACCUAUGGGCGUGUCUCUCGCUUUGGACUCAUGGCAUAUGCAUCAUCAUUGGAUGUCAUUGGAUGCUUCAGUUCAUCAGUCAUCGACACUGCGAUUCUUCUUGGUGCAUUUUCUGGUCAUGAUAGACUUGACGCUACCAGCAGUCAGCAUGAGGUUCCUGACUAUGCAUCUCAGCUUAAAUCUGCUGAACUGUUGGAGUCUAAACCUUUGAAGGGUCUGAGGGUCGGGUUGAUUCAUGAAACUCUUGGAGAUGGUGUUGAUGGGGGAGUAAUAUCCUCUAUUAAAGCUGCUGCUUCACACUUUGAAGAACUUGGAUCUGUCGUGACAGAGGUAUCACUCCCUUCUUUUUCUCUUGGGUUACCAGCCUACUAUAUUCUAGCUUCAUCUGAGUCUUCUUCUAAUUUAUCACGUUAUGAUGGUGUAAGAUAUGGAAAACAAGUUGCAGUAGAUGAACUAAGUUCUCUCUAUGGAGAUUCUCGAGCUAAUGGUUUUGGUCCUGAGGUCAAGAUGAGAAUUUUAAUGGGAACUUAUGCUCUUUCUGCUGGAUAUUAUGAUGCAUAUUACAAACGUGCCCAGCAGGUGAGGACCUUGGUUCAGAAAAGCUUCAAGGCAGCAUUGGAUGAAAAUGACAUCCUCAUUUCACCUGCUGCACCAUCAGCGGCUUAUAAGAUAGGUGAAAAGACAAAUGAUCCUCUGGCAAUGUAUGCAGGCGACAUCAUGACUGUGAAUGUUAACUUGGCUGGACUGCCUGCACUGGUGCUGCCAUGUGGAUUGAUUGAAGGUGGACCUGCCGGCCUUCCUGUUGGACUUCAAAUGAUUGGUGCUGCCUUCGAUGAGGCAAAAUUGCUAAGGGUGGGGCAUAUCUUUGAGCAGACUCUACAAGUUUAUCGGUUCGUUCCGCCAUUGUUAGGAGAUGACAGAUCAUGACAACAUUGAUCUCAUCAAUGUCACAAGAAGCUGAAGAUCUUUUGAGGUAUUGAAAAUGGCAUUUUGAGGAAAAUUUUGGACAAAGGUCUACGGCCAGCGGCCAUUUUGAGAACAGGUUCAAUUUGCCAUUUUGAUCGGAUCGCAUAGCUUAAAACUAUAAUCAUAUGAACAAGUUUUGUUAUUCCCAUUUAAAACUGGCCAGAUGGGCUGCCACGUAGAGAUGGUGCAAAUUCCGUCUUGUGGCUGUGCGUCCAGCAUCUAACUGUUGUUUGGCUUUUCUUUUAGAUGGCCUGUUUCCUUUCCUUUCCUCUGAAAUCAAGUCACAUGUUGGGAAGCUGA